ACCGCUGUGCUUCCGCCACCCCCACAGCCAGACGUAGACAUUCCUUCCAACUGCUGUGGGCGCCUGCCCAUGGCGCCGCCAUGGCAGCCGGCACCGGUGGCCGAUGAGCCGAACACCAUGUCGCUGGAAGAAUUGCACCGCUCUCGGGUGCUAGUGACCAUCGACGUGGUGCUCUUCUUCGGCUCAGCCUUGGUGGCCUCAAAGUUCUGGAUUGACACGCAGAUCCGAAUCCGUGACCUGCGCCGGGUCAAUCACGACCCCAACGCCUUGGCAUCACGAAGGUUAUGUUUGCAGCUGUUGGCGCUCGCGAACGCCUUGCGCGCGCUGGGCUUGGUCUUGGACGCCAAGUUUCGGAGCAUCUUUGGGAAGGCGACCCAUGGACGCUACGAACAGGAUCAUGGAGCCCAGCAAUAUGUCGAUUGGCAUCGUUUCUUCGACUACAUCAUCUCUUCCUUUCCCACCCUCGUGUGGUGCAGCAUGUUGAGCGUGCUGCUGCUCCACAUCCUCGAACUACACCUGGCCUGGCGUCGCUCCUCGUCCCGCGCCUGCCGCGCCUGCUUGCGGCCGUGGUUUUUCCUGGGAAAUCUGCUGGCCUAUGUGCUCUAUGCCGCCUGUGUGGCGGUGACCCUCCCCAGGAGAUAUGCGGCCUUUCGCCAUGGCGCCUACUUCCUGCUGGGGUGUACUCAUGUUCUCCUGGUUUCAGGGCUGUUAUACUUUGGCUAUGCCGUCAAGAAGAAGGUCCAUCAGCUCGAAGGCUCCGACCUCCUGAGCCGACGGAUGUGGCUCUUGGCCCUGGUGCCUCUGACGGAGCUCGUGCGCACGGUGAACGACUUCGAGUACUCUUUGGGCUUCUUGCCGUUCAAUUUGGAUAGUGGGCUAAGCAGCUUUCUCUUCCUGGCGCUGGCCAAGCUGUUCCUAGAAUGGCUACCGUCCGCCUGUAUCUUGAUCGUCUUCCAGCCCUCUCAGCGGCGCCAUGCAUCGCCCGGGGCACGCGCGGAGGACUUGGUGAAUCCGCUGCUGCCGCCCAAGCCCUUCGAUCAAAAGCCAGAAGUCGAAAGCUCGGAGUCCGAGGAGGACACGCGAGGGACCUUAGGUCCCCCGGAGGGGAUUCCGUGGAGCUUACGCGUCACCUGCGGAUCUCCUCGCUGUGGAUUGUCCGAAAGAGAAUGGAAAGCCAUGGGUGUCGAUGACUCCUGGAUUUGCGACGUCCACUUCAACGACAGCAGCGUGGACUCCAGUUGUUUGAACCGACGCGUCGAGGGAUGAGGGCCGACGGUCCUUGGGCGACCGGUGAAGGACGUCUCGAGUCUCUGUAUGGGUCAAAUGGGUCAAAUGGGUCCUGCAUGGUGUGUCCGUGUUGAGUUCUGUACGAGCUCAUUCCCUGAAGCCGGUGACGCCGCCGAAGCGCCGUGCGCAAAAACCGCCGCGACCUCUCGCACGCAAUGCGGCGACUCGAGUUGCAACGAGUGGCUGCGAUGUUUGAAUGAACUCGGUGCCGGCGCGGCGCUCGUGGCCACGUGUGCGGAAUCCGUCCUGUCCAUGUGUUGCUU